UGUGUUUUUCUUUGCUGGAUAACAGUAGCUUUCCCAGAGUUAUUUAAGACAGGCAAAUGUUGUUUUUGUAAACACGUCACAAUCAAUUCAAGACACCGAACACAUCUAGUGUGAAUGGCCCGUCUUCUGCCUCCCGUCCCGCCUGAUAUCACCUCCUUCCUCUCCUCUGUGCUUCCCCGCGGCUUUGCUUUGGGCCCUUCGCUGCUCUGUGAAGGCAGCGUGGGGCUUUGGUGGGUGGGUCGACGGCUGGAGGCCGGGGCUCUGCUGGGGGGGGAGGGCGACACGCAGCGGGUUGCCAAGAGGCUUUCAGAGCCGGGAAUCCAACGGCGAGGCAACAAACCCACUGAAAACGACCAAUCAGGAAGAGUUUGUUGCAGCAGCUCCAAGGAUGAGGAGGCACUAAUGGGGAGAUCAACUACUCAAGAAGCUUCCGUACAAAAACCAAUAUGGUUCAACUUUGCCUGCCAGGCGCGCUGCAGAGCCCAGCGAAAUGUGGCGGCGGUGUGUGACGCCACGUGUGUGGAUGUGUAUCUGCGUGCGUGUCACGACAUCCAUCCGGGAACAGAGCUGCUGGUGUACGACGACGACGACGCUACGGGGAAAGGUCAGACAUCAGAUCACUCAGGUAAGAAUGUGAAUCAGUCAAACGAGCCACAGACAGACGUUACCGAACCGGAGAAGGAAACUGCGCAGCGUGAGGAAGAACAUGUCACCACACUGGGUCAGCCACGCACACCGAGGAGGAAGAGGAGACCGAAAACCAUCCGAUGUGACCCAGAGCAGGAAAGAUUAUCAGACACAGCCGAACCACAGCUUCCCACCCCUCCUCCCGUUCGCUCCAGCUCCCGUCUGGCUGCUAAACCCAGGCGGGUCCACGGUGUGUCCGACAGAGCCAGCCACGCCCCAACGCGAUCCGACUCCUCUCAGAAGACCGAGGGAAAGAGGAGGGAUCCGGCCGAGGCUCCCGCUGUUUCCUGCACCUCAUCGCCUCCUGAAAGCGAAUCCAUCGCUGCAGCCGCCCCUGCCCAGCGGGCCCCAGAGUGGCAGCCAGAGGUCCGGGAGCGGCGGUACAGAUGCUCCAGCUGUGGUAAAAGGUUCUACCAGCUCGGUCACUUGAGGAAACAUCAGUUCUGCCACACGGAGGAGAAACCGUUCAGCUGUCGCGACUGUGGGAAGAGCUACACCUCAUCCGAAAGUUUCAGAGCCCACCAGAUGAGUCACCGAGGCGAGCGCCCGUUCUCCUGUCCUCACUGCGAGAAGACCUACGGCCUGAAGCGGGACCUGAAGGAGCACCUGGUCCUGCACACCGGAGAGAAACCCUACACCUGCGAGCACUGUGGCAAAUCCUUCGCACGCCGGCCCUCCCUGCGCGUCCACCGACUGCUUCACUGCAGCCGCGUGGUCUACACGCAAUCACCCAAGGUGCAGUGCACCGUGUGCUCGAAACAGCUGGCCAACCCCAAUUCUCUGAGGAACCACAUGAAGCUGCACACGGGGGAAAAGCCUCACAUCUGUCAGCACUGCGGGAAGCGCUUCAGUCAGAAAGGGAACCUGGAGAGCCAUCUGAGAGUCCACAGCGGGGAGAGACCCUUUCCCUGCCCCGAGUGCCUCCAGACCUUCACUCAGAAGUCGGAUCUGCAGCGGCACAUGUUCUCCCACACCGAAGGAGGGUUCCUUUGUAGCUACUGUGGGAGAUCGCUGAGGGACCCCCACAGUCUGAGAUACCACGAGAGGCUGCACACCGGAGAGAGACCCCAUCGCUGCUCAAUCUGUGGAAAAGGCUACACGAUGGCCACCAAACUGAGGAGACACAUGCGGUCGUCCCACCUGAAGGAGAAGCCGUACAGCUGCUCCUGCGGCGCCGCGUACACCUUGAAGCAGAGUCUGCUGAGGCACCAGGCUCAGCACGGGGCAGACGGGGGAGCUCAGACUCAGGCGGAGAGGAAGGAAGCGAAGGGCAGCCACAACGACGCCGCCCAGGAACCGGUAUCUCCAGGCUGCGGCCACCUGAGACCGAUCCGGGGCCGACCGAAGAAGACUCUGCAUCCUCCAGAGACGGGAGCGAAGGAUGCAGAAGCUGCAGGGAAACGAGCAAAGCAAGAGGGAAAGGAUGAGGAUUUUAAAACUGUCCGAGCAUCAGCGGCAGACGACGUCCGACACGCCGUCGUUUAUGUCCACACAGACGACCUCCAUGCUGCGGCCUCCGGGCCUCUGCUCCUCUCCACAGACGCAUCCCUGCCUGCAGGCGCCGAGCCGGAGCUGGUGGAGCUGAUGAUAUCUGACGGCGCGGAGCAGUGCAUCGUGGUCCAGGGGCAGCAGGCGGUGGGAGAGCUGCUGUUCCUGCAGGAGGAAGCGGACGGACUCUGCAGCGUGGCUCAGACCGUAGAGAUAAACACAGCGUAACCCGGCUCAGAUGAUUGAUUAAUGAGACCCGCCCUCCUUCAGCCUACCUCAUCUGCAUUUAACCCAGUCUAUCAGGGAAAAAUUGUCUUUGGGUAACCUUCGUACAACAGAUGGGAAUGAAUUAAAGAUGAUUAACUGUUGAUUAUACAGAAAACUACUAAUAAUUAGUGAAGGGCCAGUCGUACCCACAGUUUUAUUAAAUUUAUGCUUCUCUAAUUUGUUGUCAAGGGCUUAAAAAUGGAUGAAUAAAGUGGUUAAAAGUGCUUCAAAAUGA